CGCGCACACACCGGUAACUGCAUGCGGCUGUGCGGACCGAACCGAACCGAACCGAAACGAAACGUUUAUCAAACCGCGUGUUUGUCAUUUGGAGCUGAAGUGUGUGAGUUUGCCGCUGAAUAUGCUGACAGACAUGAUUGUGGAGGAAGAAUUUGAAAUUAAGGAGGAGGAACCGUGGUACGACAAACAGGACCUGGAACGGGACUUACAGCUGGCAGCUGAGCUGGGAAAGUCGCUUUUGGAGCGUAACAGGGAGCUGGAGCAGGGGCUGCAGCAGGUCUGCUCCACCAACCAGGAGCAGCUGCAGGAGAUCGAGUACCUGACGAAGCAGGUUGACCUCCUCAGGCAGGUCAACGACCAGCAUGCAAAGGUGUACGAGCAGCUGGACCAGUCGGCCCGAGAGCUGGAGCAGAAAAACCACAAACUGUCUCAGGAUAACCGGGCCGCCCAGCAGAAGACCCAGGGGCUGAUGGAAACGGUGGAGCUGCUGCAGACGCAGGUGGAGGAGCUGCAACAUCAGGUGGAAGAUCUGAAGAUGAACCCACCGUCUCUUCAACAGCCGCUGCAGGAAGAGAAGCGGCCGCCACCUCGCAGCACUCGAAGUGUUUCCUGUCUGAAAGAGCUGCAGAACACACUCAGGUACUCCGAAUGCGACCCAGAGACGCCGUCAGACAAGCCUGAGUCGUACAGUAUGGCGUGGUGUGUGGAAGAGCAGGCGUCACUGCAGCAAUCCCUCUGGACCCUUCAGACUCAGUUUGCCAGCGAGCGUGCAUGUAGGGAGGAGGCGGAGAGAGAGGCAGAGCUGCUGGCUGGUGAGAAUGCAGCAUUGGAGCAGCAGCUGGCAGGGAUGGAGGCGUGUCAGGUCAGAUUGUGCGAGUUGGAACGUGAGGCAGAGGAGCUCCGUCAGCUCUGGAAAGCGAAGGCCUCCAUCCGAUCUUUGACUAGGAGCGUUGCUCACAUCCUGCUGCCAGACUCUGUGUUCUUCAAUCCCGAGGAGGAAAAUGAAGGAGAUGCGACGGUGGCUAAAAGUGCUCGGUUCCUGAAGCGCUGCUGCAGUGAGAAGCUGAUGCAGACACCUGAUCCACCAGCCCCUGAUGCCAACUAUACUCACGGUUGCUCCUGUGUGCGGCGAGCUGACGCGAUCAAGUAUCGUGGCAUCUCUCUACUCAAUGAAGUGGAUGCCCAGUACAGUGCCUUGCAGGUGAAGUACAACGAGCUUCUGCAGAGAUGCCACCUGGGCUCCCAGGAGGAGCAAAGCCACAAGGCGAUCCAGACGGCUGUCACAACUUCCCUCACUGCUACAGGAACUGACGAAGACGACUUUGACCAGCCUGAAUACAAGGCGCUUUUCAGGGAAAUUUUUUCCUGUAUUCGGAAAACCAAGGAGGACCUGAUUAAAAACAGAGGAACCUCCUCAUAAAAAGGAGCAGAUUUGCUGCAAAUAUGAUUUUCAAAUUGUAAAGCAUAAAAACCCCAAUGUGAAUAUUAUGAAUGUUGGUAAAGGUCAGAGGUUCUGAUUUGUACCAAAAUACUGUUGACUUGAUAACUGCUGAGUGUUUUUCUGCAGCAGGACUUUUGUUGGACUUUUGAUUUUACAGUGACAGUUUGUCACUGUAAAAAUAACUUAAGAUGCACUUUAGAUCUGCACAGGUGUUAUGGAUGCUCUUCCAACUUUGUAUUUAUGGUGGUAAUUCUGAGCCUUUUGUUUGUAUCCUGUAUGUGGAUAUUGUUCUCAUCUGUUCCAUGAUGAAUGUUCUUUUCGUGAUUUUGACUGAGAUGGUUGAACCAUAAAAUGUAGCAAAAACUUUUGUUUUUUUCCCUGUAUUCAUAAAUUCUUUAUACCUGC